CGCGCGCAGGCAAUUACAGUCCUGCUAUCCUGUGUGGACUCUCGGACGUUAAGACUGAACCCCGUUGUGUGAGCACUUUCUGCCUCUCUAAAGAUUCAUACAACGACAUUUAAAACCUUCUCACCGCAGACCUUUACGCUGCAAGCCACGGCAGCGUGUUUGGAGCAGCCUGGCGGCGGUGCGAGCAGGACUGCCGGGGUGCCCUGAGUGAACGUGCCGGGGACAGUGUGGAGGACCGGGCUGCUAGCAACUACUCGGACUCUGUAAAACAGCGAAGGAACCUGAGGGUGGAAAGAGUGUACGCCUUAUUUUAAGGUAGCCUGCCCUCAAAAGGCAAAGAGGAGAGUUUGGGGCCAUUUCUACGAGAGCAGCAUCCGCACUUCGAAGUGACGAACUUCACUGUCGCCGUGGACUCGAUGCUGGGAGCUGCUGGGCUGAAGGAGUGAGGAGAUGCGCGGUGUAACAUGGAUAUCCGAAAAGGGAUAAAUAUCAACAAACACAGCAGGGAACAUACUCAGAAACACCGGGAAAGUGCCGAAAAGGACAAAGCCAGGAAUCUACACACCUGUGAUUUGAUGUGAGCUCGUAUUGACCUGAGACUAUUAAAAUGGAGUUGCUAUGGAAACUUCUACUUCUGCUGUCGUUGGUGGAGUGUAUGGCAGGAAACGGAGUCCUGCUGCGGCCUGUGUUCACCAAACAACCUGGCAGUGUGGUGUUCCCCCUUCAACCUGGCGAGAAUCGCAGAGAAGUGGUGUUCAGCUGUGAGGCCCAGGGACACCCAACACCCUUCUACAGGUGGAAGCUCAACGACUCUUUCAUCAUGCCCAGACUGGGGUCACGCUACUCUCUCAUGGGAGGAAACUUACACAUCAGCCAACUGAACAAAGAGGAGGAUAUCGGCAUCUAUCAGUGCCUGGCAUCAAACACCUUUGGCACCAUCGUCAGCAGAGAGGCCAGUCUACACAUUGCCUACAUGGAGAACUUCAAGACCCAGAGAAGAAGUCCAGUGAGGGUCCGUGAAGGUCAAGGAGUGGUCCUUCUGUGCGGCCCGCCUCCGCACUCUGGAGAACUAGCCUUCACGUGGAUCUUCAAUGAGUACCCAUCGUUUGUCAUCCAGGACACGCGGCGGUUUGUGUCCCAGAAGACAGGAAACCUCUACAUCGCCAAAGUGGAGCCCUCUGAUGUGGGCAACUACACCUGUGUGGUCACCAACACGGUCACCAAGAGCAGUGUUCAAGGACCACUAACUCCUCUGGUGCUGCGGGUUGAUGGUGUGAUGGGCGAAUACGAGCCAAAGAUUGAAGUGCAGUUUCCUGAAGUUGUCCCUGUUGCUAAAAGCUCAACCGUCAAACUAGAGUGUUUUGCACUUGGAAACCCAGUGCCAACCAUCAGCUGGAGAAGGCAGGAUGGAGCCUCUUUUGGCAGGAAGGUGGACAUAAAUAAAGCCAGCGGCGUGUUAGAAAUCCCUUACUUCCAGCUGGAGGAUGCAGGAAUAUAUGAAUGUGUGGCUGAAAACACCAGAGGAAGAAACUCGGCUAAAGGAAAGCUGUCUUUCUAUGCUGCACCGCACUUGACUGAGAAGCCUCAAGAUGUUCAGAAGACCAUUGAUGAUAUGCUGGUGUGGGAGUGCAAAGCCAGCGCCAAGCCCAAACCCUCAUACUGCUGGCUGAAGAAUGGAGAGCCUCUGGACUCCAUGGAACACGAUAGGGUCCAGGCGAAUAACGGAGUGCUGACGAUCAGCAGCUUGAAUCUGGCUGACAUCGGCAUGUAUCAGUGUGUGGCGGAGAACAAGCACGGCCGAAUCUUCACCAACGCUGAGCUCCGAGUCGUAGCCAUCGCUCCAGACUUCUCCCAGAACUUGUUGAAGGCCCAGACUUUGGCCCGACAAGGCGGCGACGUUCUGAUCGAAUGCAGGCCCAGGAUGUCUCCUCGGGGUGUCAUUUCAUGGAGGAAGGGGAAAGAAGCCCUUAGAGAGAGCCACAGAGUUACUGUUUUGGAUAAUGGCAGCCUACGGAUUUCCAAUGUUACGAAAAUGGAUGCCGGGAUCUACACGUGUGUGGCCAGAAACCAGUUUGGAGUAGCGAGCAGUGCUGGCAGCCUUUUGGUGAAAGAGCCGACGGCGAUCACCAGCCCAGCAGGACAUCUGGACGUGACCGUGGGUGAGAGCAUCGUGCUGCCCUGCCAGGUGUCACAUGACCCCACGCUGGACCUCAAGUUCACCUGGUUCUUCAACGAGCAGCUCAUCCACUUUGGAAGUCACUGGGCGUUUUUUGAGAAAAUCGGUGGGCGCUCGGCUGGUGACAUAAUGAUACGCAACAUUCAAUUGAGGCAUGCUGGGAAAUACACGUGUGCUGUUCAAACGAAGGUGGACAGUGUGUCGAUUGCCACUGAUGUGGUCGUCAGAGGUCCCCCCGGUCCCCCUGUGGACUGUCAGGUGACUGCGAUGACGGAGACCACUGCCUCCGUGUCCUGGGGUCCCGGGAUGGACAACCACAGCCCCAUCCUCAGCUACACCAUCCAGGCCAGAACGCCCUUCUCUCUUGGGUGGCAAGCCGUAACAACCGUUCCUGAGCUUCUCGGGGGGAAGCAGCUGUCAUCCACCGUCAAUGAGUUGAGUCCCUGGGUGGAGUACGAGUUCAGAGUCCUGGCAACCAACAGCAUAGGAACAGGAGAGCCCAGCAAACCCUCCAAAAAGUCCCGUACCAAAGAAAUGCUUCCCCGGGUGACGCCUGGCAGAGUGAACGGAGGAGGUGGAGGACGCUCAGAGCUGGUCAUCACUUGGGAGCCCGUUCCUGAGGAGCUCCAGAGUGGGCCGGGCUUCGGCUACGUGGUGGCUUUCCGCCCACAGGGGGCUCAGGGCUGGAUGCAGGCUGCUGUCACGUCCCCCGACGCCUCGAGAUACGUCUUCAAGAACGACAGCAUCCCCCCCUUCUCCCCUUACCAAGUCAAAGUCGGGGUUUACAACAACAAGGGAGAAGGACCUUUUAGUCCGGUGACCACCAUCUACUCGGCGGAGGAAGAGCCCAGCAGAGCUCCAGGCAGGCUGAGGGCGAGGAGUGUAUCAGCGUCCGAGGUAGAGGUCACCUGGAAGCCGCUGGCCUGGAGCAACAACCGAAGACGCAUCCUGGGCUAUGAGUUGCAGUACUGGGGUGAGAGGCAGAAGCAGGACACAGCCAGUGUGAUCAGGACAGUGGGGAAUAAAACGUCAGUACUCAUCAGAGAACUGGAGGGCAGCAGUACAUAUUACAUGUCCCUGCGGGCCUACAACAGCGCCGGAGUGGGUCCACAGAGCAUCAUAGUCAAUGUCACAACCAAGAAACCACCACCCAGUCAAGCCCCUGUCAAAAUCAUGUGGAACACUUCCAACUCCAAGGUCAUCCUGAGGUGGGACCAAGUGCACGCUCUGGAGAAUGAGUCAGAAGUCACCGGAUAUAAGGUGAUGUACAGCCAGGACAAACACAGCCACCCCAGUGUGGUGGAGACCAACACCACCUCCUUGGAGUUGUCGCUGCCAGUCAACCAGGACUACGUUAUCCAGAUAAAACCCUUCAGUGAGGGAGGGGAAGGCAGCAGCAGCCAGAUUACCAUCCCCAAAAUAGCAGGCUCCAUAGCCAAAGGAGCAGCUCCAGAGUCUUCUCCAUAUUCCUUGGUCAACCUUGCAGCGUUAAUCAUCACAGCCAGGACUGUACUAUGACAAACAUCUGCAUCAACCAGGCGCUACAGCUGCUUUUUAGGAGGAGAAACAGCAGGUCAGAGACAACAAGAGACUGACAGCCGCAUUUCCACCUGCUCCCUUCCCUACUGUGUCUUUCCUCUUCUUUCUACAAAGAUCUCUUUGUGGGGAAGUUUCUCUUUCACCGCCUUUCAGAAGGAGUUAUUGAAAGGAAGUGGCUCUUUCAGAAGUUGCUUUUAAGGAAGUGAAAGGACACCAUGACUCGACGGCAGUCUCUUUGAAUGAUGUUUCUUUCUUUGCCCCCUUCUAAGCAGUGGAUACUCUCAUAUGGUUUGAACCUCGGAGGCGGUGGUGUGUGAUGCACAAUAGGAUGUGUAUAUGUUUUCUCUUUUGGACUGUGCAGGUUCUGUGAGAUGGAUUUUGUGUGAACCUUUGGACUUUUUUUUUAUGCUGAGAUUUCAUCUUGAAUAGGGAUGGAGGAGACCUUGCAUAGCUCAUAUUCAUGUGAGUGAAGUUACAUUUAAGACAAGAAAUGGGUAAAUUGUUUGGAAAACCAACUGUUACUAAUCCCUGCCAAAAAACAGGGAGCUAAGCCUCAUUCCUUUCUGACAAACAAGAAUUUGGGACCUUUGUGACUUUGCUUGGAUUUUAUUCAUGCUUUUACGUUACACCACAUUACAUCCAAACCUCAAAGUUGCCAUGAAAAUGUAAACCAAAGGUAUUGAAUCGACUAGGUUCAGUUCCAACUGUUGUAUCUUUGUGCGAAAAUGCAGCGUGUACAUCCCCAAUAUGGCUUCAGUUGUAAACAGCAGACUUGUGUUGGUUAAUUGAUGUCUUACCUUUCUCCCACAUCCGUGAUAAGUGUGUAACAAAGGCUUGCUGAGCAGUGGGAGCCGCUUUGUUGUACACUGUAUGUUUGAAAUCCUCAGGUCCCAAAUGAGCCUUAAGUCUUUUGAUUAGUAUCCAUGUUGUUAUUAUUCAAGAGAGUUUUAUUUAUGUUUCCUCCUCCUGCAUUGUGUUUUGGCUCACUCAUGCUGUAACCUAUGGAUAACUGACCUUGCCCUACACUUUGUUGAUAAUUUUAACGUUUGUUACUUUUUAGAUCAUAUUUUUGGCCGUUUUGGGCUCAGAAACAACAUGCCUUUCUCCUACGUCUCUCAUGAUGAGCAUUGUGAUACAGUGGCAGUGAUACUGACUUUUCUAUCUUAUUUAAAGUAGGGGAUAGUGUUUCACUGUCAGCUGCUGUUUGGCAUGAGAUUGGUCAGUGUACGUACCUACGUUGCUUAGGAUGUCUGGAUGAAUCAACCUGCUUUUAAUAAAUAUAAUGCCAUU